CACAGGAAAUGUUAACAGGAAAUGGUGUGCUGUCUUGAGCCCAGUUACUUGAAACCUUACACCACAGAAAAAUUGAGCAUCAGCAUGGGCUUUAUGAAACGCAGUGUGAAAAGAGGAAGGCAAAACUGAACUCUACAGGUAGUUGGUACAAAUACAAGGAAAGGAACUUUUCAGUUACUGAAGUGAUUCAUUAGACUUCAGACAGUAAACCAGGUCGUAAUAUCAGGAAAGGAAAAUGGAAAACAUCACACUGAGGAAGAUCCCAAAUGGAGAUGAGUAUUCUGAUUAUAUGCAAUAUUAUACAUAUUUUUAUGAAGAACAGAACCGCAACUCAUUCAUGGAUAUUUCAGUGCUACCAGCAACAAUAAUCCUCUGCAUUGUGAUCAUCCUCAGUCUCAUUGGUAACACCCUGGUUGUUGUGAUCAGUGUAUUCUAUAUGAGAUUACGGUCAGUGACCUGCAUCUUCAUACUCAACUUGGCUCUAUCAGACCUGCUGUUCACUGUCGGACUGCCGUUCUGGGUUUGUGGCUACAUCUGGGGUUGGACUUUCAGAGAGGCAACAUGCAAAGUUAUCCACUUCGUUUUCUCAGCUGGAUUUUACAGCAGCAUGGUGUUCCUGGUGCUGAUGAGCAUUCAGCGCUACAUGGCCGUAGUGCACCCUCUCUCACGCUGGAAGAAAGGACGUUGCUUCACAUGCAUUGUUGUAUGUGCGUGGGUGGUGAGCAUUUUGGCAGCGUUGCCAGACACGGUGCACACUGUAGCAUAUCCUGAAUCAGGAGGCUGUAUGUACAGCAGCGUUACUGCACUGGUUGCUAUUCAGUAUGAAUACAUUAUUGUUUUUGUGUGCGCUUUUUUGGUCAUGGCUUUUUGCUACAUCAGGAUUCUGCAAACCAUCUUCAAGUCACUAACAAACCGGAGACACAGAACUACUGGACUCGCCUUCUUUCUGGUAGCUACAUUCUUUAUUUGUUGGGCUCCUUAUAACAUAAUGAAUUUUCUGAUGACCUUAACUGAACUACAGAACUUGAAAUAUAUCUACGCCUUCUACAUCUGCACACUUCUGGCUUCCACCCAAUGCUGCCUCUAUCCAGUGAUCUAUGGGUUAUUUGGUCUAAAAUUUCGUAAGUCAGCAUGGGAGAUUUUUCAAAGGCGAGCUACUUUAAACUCUGAACAAAUAGGAAUUGGAGAACGUCAGUCUGACAGUUGUGUCUAAUAUAAAUCCUGAUUAUUUGUGACCUGUAUCUUCUCACUCUGGAGUCUUGAGUUCAGAGAUUAACGUCUAUAAAUAUAAGGUUUCAUCAUUUUUUCUAACUGAAAUAACAUGUCAAUAAAACAUUUCUGUAAAAAUCUUUGCUUUGUUUCAAUAAAGAUCAAAUGUAA